AUGACCGACGCGUUGACUCUUCACCCGGCUACGAAGCUGCUAGAUGCUUUGUGUACCUGUAUCGAAAAAGAAAUUCAUCCUCUCUCUGCGACAGCUGUCGCCGCAGGCUCUAAGCUCUUCGGCGCCGCAAUUCUACUCAAAUCAGACUUGAGCGUUGUGUACGCGGACACAAACCAGGAACGUGGGUCUCCUUUGUGGCAUGGAGAAACGUGGACAUUGAAGCAAUUCUUCGAGAUACCGGCAGAUAAAAGACCCGAUGUGACAGAUUGCUUGUUCCUUACGACCCAUGAACCAUGUUCACUUUGCCUGUCGGCAAUCGUAUGGAGCGGAUUCGACAACUUCAUUUACAUGUAUACGUAUGAGGAGACGCACAAUGUCUUUGAGUGUCAUGGAGACUUGGAUAUCUUCAAUAAUGUGUUCAAUGUACGUGAAGCCGAAGUCGCGAGACAGGCUAGUUCGGAUGGAAGGUUGAGCCAGGUGCGACCACAUUAUAAGUUGCGAAGUAGCUUGUUAGUUGCACUCAGUUUUGCCGAAUUGGUUGCAGCCGUCCCAGGUCAAGAAAGGGAUGAAUAUGUGGCCAAAGUCAACGCGGUUAAGAUGAGUUAUGGUCGGCUUUCGGAGGCCUAUCGAAGAAACAUGAAUGUGGAGUGA